UUGUGUCAGAGACGCAUGCGUAGUUAUCGUUUCCGCGACGUACCGAGCCAUCUUUCCAGUCAAACCGCAGUGAUUGUUUUUCAAUUUUAGUCAUAUUUAAAGGAACUUUUAUUAAUGUCAGAGCCACAGUCCGCUCUUUUACUACGUAAACAAUUAGCAGAAUUGAAUAAAAACCCAGUCGAAGGGUUUUCAGCAGGUUUAAUAGACGAUAAUGAUAUUUAUCGAUGGGAGGUGCUUAUUAUUGGACCUCCGGAUACACUGUAUGAGGGCGGCUUUUUCAAAGCACAUUUACAAUUUCCGAAGGAAUACCCUUUAAGGCCUCCUCGCAUGAAGUUUAUCACAGAAAUAUGGCAUCCGAACAUCGAAAAAAAUGGUGAUGUAUGCAUAUCCAUUUUGCAUGAGCCUGGUGAUGACAAAUGGGGAUACGAGAAGGCUUCAGAACGGUGGUUACCGGUGCAUACAGUGGAAACCAUUCUCAUAAGCGUCAUCAGUAUGCUCGCUGAUCCAAAUGACGAAAGUCCAGCUAAUGUAGAUGCUGCUAAAGAAUGGCGAGAAACUUAUGCGGAGUUCAAGCGGAAGGUGGCAAGGUGUGUCAGAAAAAGCCAAGAAGAGUGUGCGUAGGGGGAAUGAUUUUUAUUAAAACGGAAAGACUUAUUUAAUUCUGUAAUUUUGUCUUACAUUUGGCGAUUUUCAUGGAUGUAGGGAAGCCGUAAGCGAAAAGAAAUAAUUAUUCGUGGACAACAUUGUCACAUUUGGCUCUCGACCCAUUCUUUCGCAGAGCUGAAGGGAGAAAGUCGAUCUCUUGCAAAUUUUGUCAAGCGUUCAAUGGAUCUCCGCCACUUUUUUUUAAACAUACCAUCAUUCAACGCGAGAAAAAAAAUAACAUGCAGCUCACAUUUUACAAUGAUUAACUACUAAAUCUAAUUUACUAUACAUAUUACAAAACAAAAAAAAAGAAAAGAAAUCACCUGUACAAUUUCUACUUUAUAUUACCUACUAGUUACUGUAAUCUAAACGUUUCCCUCUUCCCUCUCUUUUUUUUACCAUCAAAAAAUCCUCCCCCAUCACCUGAUCUCCAUAUCCAUUUUUUUCCUUUCUUUCUAUUUUUUUUAAUUUAAAUUACUACGUUCAAUUACUCAUCGAUAAUUUCCUCAAUGUCCUUUCAUAUUUUCUUACUUUUCAUUAUAUAAAAUCUAUAAAUAUAUAUAAAUAAAAAAAUAAAUAUAUAAAUAAAUUUUUGUAAAGUCAAAGAACAAGAAAAAAACAAUCGUCGAAUAUGUAAUAAUAUUAAUAAUUAUAAUAAUGUCAGUGAUGGGAGAAAUAUCGCUCGAAUUGCUUUGAUACUAUGUUAAUAUCGGGUAAUUCGUUAAUACACGACUACUGCGUUAGAAUAUAAAGUUAGGAAGAUUUCUUCUUGAACCGUAAGUUGCCAAAAUAACGAAUUCUAAUUAAAUUAUAAUUGAUGUCAUGAAAAAAAAACAGUGAGAAUUAAAGUGAAGUGUCGCUAAUAACGGCUUAGGAAAAAAAAUAGAAUUUUCUCACCAAUUUUUACAAUUUGCGCCAGUAUGAAUCUUCUCUUGCGCACGGAUUUGCGGUUCUGAAAAAUAAAAAAAAGUUUUUUUUAAAAAAAAAA